UGAGAUGAUAAGAGGAGAACCAGCCACGCGAGCUGAAGCGCGUGCCGAUAAACGGCGGAAGUCGAGUGCGCGGCGUCGCAACGCCGCCGUUAAUUAAUAUCCGCAGCGUUGAUUGAUCGCCGGCGAUCGUUGUCCGCGGCUGUCGCUCAGCGCCAAUGUCGCCGCGCGUCCCCGUCUCCUCGAUCGGCGGCGGAAAGAGCGUCUCUCACCUGGCAAUUCUCGAGGGGCAGCAUGGAGCAGCAUCCACGGUAAGACAGGGUCUAAAUUCCUCGCAGUCAAUUGUUGAAAUUCUCUCUUAAUCAGACGCGCCUGAUCUGGAAUCCCCCGGGCGAGGGUCUCGACGCCCCAGUCGUGACGUGCGAGCCGUACAUUGGGAGUGCCGUGUGAAUCAUUGGACGGGCGGUUGUUGCAACGAUUCAUCGGUCAAGCUGCGGCUACGUCACGUCCUUAUUCGCUAAGCAGUCUCAUCGCUCCCGGUCAUCUUCGGCCGUCAUCCAUAUUCGGCGGUCUCACCCACAGGCAAUGCCAGUCGCAUUCAUAAAAGCGUCUACCUGUUUGGGUCGGUCGCGACGAUGGCUCAACUGGAACAGAGAUCGAAUGAUGCAAAAUGGGCGGCUCAGAUGGAGAAGAUAAUGACUGGACCUGAGAACGGACCAGACCAGGAACAGGAAAAUGAAACACAAAUUGAUGCUGCAUCACCAUCGUCAAGUGUUGAGCUGUCGGAGAACGGCGCGCAUCCAUGCCCCACGUGUCCGUCGGUAUUUUCCAGUUCCCACGAACUGACGAAUCAUCUGCGUGGCCACAAUUCACCUCGCAGCACGGACUGCAGCGGCGAGGAGGACUACAGCUGCGGCGUAUGCAAUAAGGUGCUUAGCUCGGCGAGCUCGCUGGACCGGCACGUGCUGGUGCAUUCGGGCGAGCGGCCGUUCAAGUGCAAGUACUGCGACAUGUCGUUCACGACGAACGGCAACAUGAAUCGGCACGUGAGGUGCACCCAUCGGAUGGUGUCGCCGAACAGCUGCACGGACUCCGAGGGCAGCAGCAGCUCGGAAAGACCGGCGACGACGAGCCAGGACGAGUACAAUAACAACGAGAUAGCCAGGCGCAGCUCGCCAGACUUGAUCGAUGGUCAACAGCAACCGUCGCCCAGCAGCAACCGCGCGAACAAGCGGAAGUGCCCGGACGAGGAAGUAAGCGACAUGGAGGAUCAGAGGAGACACAAGAUACUCCUGAACAACACCAAGAUGACAAUCAGGUGUCGGCCGGAGGACGAGCAGAAGGCCUUCGGCUGCUCGAUCUGCAGUCAGGAUUUCGCGACCAGCGCGAUCCUGGAGUCCCACAUGGAGCGCGUGCAUCCAGGCUCGCCGGCCACGUGCGAGACCUGCAACCAAUCGUUCAAGAAUCAUCGCGCGCUGAAUCACCAUCGUUCGAUGAGACACUACAAGAAGAAUCCGGAGGGCAACAACAGCCGCAGCCUGCGCAACAACACCGUGGACGGAUUCAGGGAUCUGACGUUCAUCGACUUCUCGUCCAUCAAGUUUCCGACGAUCGCUCGGGCGAUGUGCGAGCGUGAGCUGCACCGGCCGGCCUCCGGCGAGGCCAACAGGUUCCAGUGCAUGAAGUGCCUGCACGCGUUCCCCUGCAGGCAAGCCCAGCUGGCUCACGAGAAGGAAUGCAAGGGUCCUUACAAGAACAAGAGAAACAGCAACGACAACAACAACAACAACGACAUCAGCACCAACAAUAAUCUCGAAGCGGAGCUGGAUGAUCCCAGUCCGCAGCCCGACGACCCCAAGACGAAGCGUGAGAUCUUCUUCGCUGUGCUGGAUCUGCAGAACAAGUCCUUGGCACACGAGAUGAAGGAGCCGCGGGAACCGAGCGAGUUGAGGGAGCCGAAAGAGACCAAGGAUCUAGCGGAUAUCCCGAGCAUCCUGUCUGUCAGUCUGAAUGGUCUGCAGACCUUUCCUCGGUCGGACGCGAGCACGCCCGAGAACAGCAUCAAGUUCAAUCCGAACGUUGGUUCUUCAGGCUCCUCGGGCACCUGUUCGUCCGAGUACAACGAAGAGGAGGCGCAGGACGCCUUCACUGCGGAAUUUCGGAAAAUGAAGCUGAAGGGCGAGUUCCCAUGCAGAUUAUGCACAUCCGUAUUCCCCAAUCUGCGGGCGCUGAAGGGGCACAAUCGCGCGCAUAUGAACGUGGAACCGGGUAUGUCGUAUCCGUGCAAUAUGUGCCCGUACACCAGCGCCGACAAGGGGGCACUGAUGAAGCAUCUGAGAUCGCACAACGGCGACCGUCCGUUUGAGUGCUCACUCUGCAAUUAUGCGUUCACUACCAAAGCAAAUUGCGAGAGGCACGUGAAGAAUCGUCACGGGAUGAUCAGCAAGGAGGACGUUAAGAACGCGCUCAUCUAUCAUCCGAGCGAGGAUUCGACGAACGAAAAUGUCGAAAGGGGCUCGCCCAGAGUCGUGAGGGAAGACGUACGGAAGACGCUUAUUUACCCGAACGAACGCGAGGAGAUUCCUCAACAACAACAGAUACAUUAUCCGUCCAUAACGAUGGAUUGUAACCCCGGGCCGUCGAGCGUCCGCGCCGAGAUGCUGAUGAAUCACUACGAGAAGUCGGACACGUUCGCUAGAGCGAAGGCUCUCAAUCUCGUAAAAAGAAACGCCGACGAAGCAAAUGUGUCCCACGAUCUGAUUGUGAAAUCUAAUUACUCCAAGAUCGAUGACGACGUCGAGUCGGGAUCGUCGGACGGCAGCGUGUCUCUAGUCAGUGAUACCAAAACAGAUACCCACCAAAGAAUUCAAGCUAGUCCGAUAAACCUGACGAAGCCCUCGACAAGCUCCGGCUUGAGCUCGGGCGAGGACGGCCCGUUGGAUCUGUCCAUGGAUGUGUUGGACUUGAGCAGAAAGCGAAAGAAAGAAAGCGAGGAUUCCAGCUUACAGGAGGAGAAGCGAUUCAAGAACAAUCAACAGGAAUUGUAUGCCACGAAUCCAACGCUGCUGUUGACCCAGGCCCUGCUUAACAGAGUACGCGAGAACUCACCGACAACAUCACUGGAGACUCUUUACGCGAAUACCAUCUAUCGCAACUUCGGCACAUUAACUGGCGCUGGUAUGAUAUCGCCGUAUUUCCUCAGUCCUCACAUGUUCGGCCAGGAUUUAGCCGCGAAGGGCAGGCUGCAGAAAGAGCUGGUUAGAGGUUUGCAGUUAACCGGCGGCGGCACACUCUCGGUUGAUCCGUCACUGCCCAGCACCAGUUACACGGCGUACUCGCAAUCGAGGGACGCCCCGCCAACCCCGAGCGAACAGAAUGCCUACGCGAAUCUGAUGGGCGCGCAGAUGGCCAGCCAGGCCGUGCCGAGCCGCGAGAAGACAGACAGUAUCCCGUCGAAUGAUCCCGUGAAGAUGGUGCUGAAGAACGGAGUGCUGAUCCCCAAGCAGAAGCAGCGCAGAUACCGAACCGAGAGACCUUUCACCUGCGAGCACUGUACGGCGAGAUUCACGUUGAGGAGCAACAUGGAACGACACAUCAAGCAACAGCAUCCACAAUAUUGGAGCCAAAGACCCCGUGGCGGACACUCGACUAGAGGCAGACCACCCGCGAGUCAUCCGACGAUGGUACAGAAUACUGGCCCGUCGACCUCGCAGGUGGCUCAAUCGUAUUCGAGUAUUCUUCCGCACGUCGACGCGCCGGUGGUGACGUCGACGGACUACGGCACGCAUCCCAUCUCGGACCAGGUGAAGUACGCGAUUCUGGCGCAACAACUGAAGGUCAACAAAAUGGAUGACAACGAUUCGGACGACGAGAUGGUGAUAGACGAGGAGUCGGCCGAUCGAGAGGCUCAGGAGCCGCCAGCUCAGCGCGAGUCCAGCACGAGCUUACUGAGAGACCAGUUGGAAAGCAGCGAUGGUGUCAAAGAUGUCGUCAUAAAGAAAGAAGUGGCCGAGCCCGCGGAGGAAACCUCGGAGGAGAUCCCCGACGAGCAAACCACUCGAAGUAACGUCGACGACGCCCAACCGGAAGAAUCCACGACUGUUGAAGGCAAGUCAAUGAGCGCUGAAGAAACGACCAUGGCCGAGCCUACCGAGAGGGAGCAAGGUAAACUCGAGGACGGGACGCCCGAUCUCGCGAGUGUCUCGAAGCUUCUGGACAAUGCGUCUCAACAGUAUCAGCAAUUUCAGCCGCAAUACCUGAGCGACGAGGAGGGCCCCGUUGCGUCGACCAGCGGCAACAAUUCCGGUAGCGAGAAGUCAGACUCUAUGAACUCACUGAACUCGGGGACCGAUUCCACGCUGAACAAGAAGAAGAAGAAGAAGAAGAAGUCCGCGUACUCGAUGGCGCCCAACCGCGUCAUAUGCCCGUACUGCCAGCGUCAGUUCCCGUGGAGCUCGUCGCUGAGACGACACAUCCUCACCCACACCGGCCAGAAGCCGUAUCAGUGCAUCCACUGCUCGCAUCACUUCACCACCAAGUCCAAUUGCGACCGCCACCUGCUGAGGAAGCAUAAGGCGAAGGCGAACAAGAUGCGCCGCGCCAGGAACUCAUCUUCGCCGGAUGUCCAGGCGGUCGCCAGCAGCAGCAGCAGCAGCAACGGCAGCAACGCGUUCCCCAUGAGGAACGUGCCCGAGAGGCCGUUCAAAUGCCAUCAGUGCCCGAGCUCGACGUUCGCCACGUUGGGCAAUCUGAAGAAGCACCGGUCGAGCAAGCACCGCAAAAUGGCGUCCAGGUCCGAAUCCAGCGAUCAGCAGAACAGCCCGCCGCAGUGCGCCACGCAAAACGACCAGAGCGAUUACGAGAGCCGCUCGUCGAGCAUGUCCGACAACAUGGAGAGCACACCGUCCAUCGCUGCAGUCGCGAAGCCGACUUCUAACGCGUCACCCUCGAUAAACGACGCCACCAGGUCGCGCAAAUCACCGAGAUUGUCGCCGAGUCCCGGCGAUGUGCCCUUCAAAUGUUAUCAGUGCGACAGCGGCUUCUCGGAACGCCAGGACUGCUUGGACCAUAUCAAGAUGAAUCACAAGCGCGCGUACGAGAUUCUGAAGGCCAAGGGCGCCCUCGACAUGGCAUCUGUGAAUAUAGACGCUACCGAAGACCAGAUAUUAGCGUCGCAGCAGCAUCCCAGCGACGGCGAGGAGAAGAAGGGCCGUUUUCCCGACUACAGCAACAGAAAGGUUGUGUGCGCUUUCUGCAUGAGACGAUUCUGGUCCGCGGAGGAUCUCCGGCGUCACAUGAGGACCCACACGGGCGAGAGGCCCUUCGAAUGCGACAUCUGCACCAGGAAAUUCACGCUCAAGCACAGCAUGCUGCGCCACCGCAAGAAGCACGAGUCGAUGGAAUCCGCCAUGUACGUAGGCAACAGCGGCGACGAGGAGAACUCGCCCGCGCAACCGCCGACGAUAACCCCCAGGAGUCAGCAGCACUCGCCGAUCUCCACCAACACCAGCAGGCCCCGCACCCAGGACAGAAUCUCCCUGCCGACCGUCGCGGCAGUCGCGACGGCGGACGCGGCGCCCUGCGCUCUGAUGCGGUACACUCACUAUGACAACAUGGCCACUCUCACCGGCAGAAUGGCAAACGACGGUCCCCAGGGUGCCGCUGCCGCCCCUUUACCUUCUCCCCCGCCGCCCGCGGAGGUACCCAGCGAGAGCGGGGACAACGACCUGAUCUCCAACUUGUUGGGGAUACGCGAGAAAGGUUUGCUCGACAAGGUUCUUCUGAGCUCGGCGGACGACGCGGCCAAGUUGUUGGGGGUCAACCACAGCGAGUGAUCAGGCAAUCAAUCUGGUAGAAGAGAGCCGGAGAGAGGCGGAGCGCGAUCAGACACACAAAUCGCGUCAACACUCGUAGCUCGGAUUGGGAGUAGUUGAACGUCGAGUAUAGAACUGUAUUCGAGGUGUUAAUUCGUAUUAAUCGACUAGUAUUGGCAUAUUAAGAAUAGACAAACAAGCGGAGUUGUAGUUUCCGCCCUUGUGUCAUAUUGUGUCGUACGAAAGAUCACCAGAGAAUCGAGGGUAUCGUCUGAUCGCAUGCCACUUUCUCCUAUUCGUUUGUGAGGGAAAGAGAGACCACAGAGGAUACCUUUACAUUAUUCGUCGAAUUCUUCGAUUCUCCGUCUAAGGUUCACGAUCGUGCCUUAUACUCCUUAUCGAUUUGUGUGCACGUGUUCGUAUAAAACACCGUAGCGUUUCAACGUUUAUCUGAUGAAAUCAAAUAUAUCAUGCGAGCAGUAGCCGGAAUGUCAUUAUAUGUCGAUAUGACAUUUUCUCGAUUCUCAACGAGAACACACACAGAGAUUGUGUCAACGAGUUUGCUUAUAUCGCGGAAAGUAGGUGAUGCAAAUGAGUCGACAGGACAUUAACGCAAAUCAGUUUUUAGUUUAACUUUCAACUAACGUUCUGAGUUGAACCUUUAGAUCCUUCUUAAUUUUUGUACGAUACUUUUCAAUGUACAAGGUUGUACAUUGAAGUAUCAGUUAAAUCUUUAGAUCCUUCUUUUACAAUUUUAAUCUUGUACGAUACUUUUCAAUAUACAAAGUAGUAAAAAGAGGAAGCCCUCCAAAGUCACUCCUUGACUUUAAAGAAAUUUAGGGGUGCAGUUUCACCAAAUUCCUUUCGAUUCAUUUCGCGAUUCGCCUAUUUCUUGCAUAGAUAUCGCUGCGGCGAAGCAUUAUUUGCUAUCAUGACGUACAUUUCCUUGAUCAUUGAAAGAAUAUACGCGCUGCACGCUCCAUUCGGUUCGAUCAGACACGAUUAAACAAAACAGUUACGUAACAUGGUGCAUCUUCCUCUUUUAUCAACGCAUCCAAAUCAUUCACGCUUCUGACAUAAAUUACUUCGUAACACCUCGAGCCUUCGUUGCGAGCAACGCGUUCUUCGUCAACUCCCCUUUGUACUGUGUGUGUACAUAUUUAUCCUCCAGGGAUUGUAACAAUCUGAGUAUAUAUAUAUCUUAUAUAUAUAUAUAUAUAUAAGAUUUGAUGUGAUUACGACCAUAUUGUUCGCAGAUGCAUCAUGAUUUCGCGGGCGCGUUAAGAGUAGUUAUCAAAUGCAUUGUUAUCAGCGACGUCAUGAAAUAUGCAUUAUCGGGAGAUAACACGCGUAUAUGUUCCGUUUGUAUUCAUAUGUUUCACGCGCAGUAUUAGACGUGCGAUCGCGACGCGCGAUAUUCCUCAACAAUCUCAUUCAUAAUAUUAUAUUCGAUGCGGUAUUCGUGCGAGGAGCCAAGGAAAAACGGGGGAAAAAAAACCGAGAAAAGAGAACCAGACUCCCUUCCCGCAAGAGAGGAAGCUGGACACGAGUUCUUCGCGACGCGGACAAGGCCGACACUGCAUUUAAAUCCAAAGAUAAAUUCAUUUUACGCAAUGAAUUAUUCUAAGUUAGCCAUACGCACUAGAAUCUUAUUUAUUGUUAGUCAUGUACUUCUACGAGAGUGAGAAAAGAAACUUAAUUUAGGGUGUGAAUGUGACUAGCACACAUUAGUCGUUAGGUCGCCAUGAUAUACUUGGCGAACGCGGCGCGUUCUGGACUCGGGGUGUUUCGCGGCACCGUUUCCGCUGACCGCGACUUCGCGCGGGGAUCUCGGGAUUGAUCUCGCGCGUCGGUGCGACGGGAACUUGCUCGUUCAGGGAUCGCGAAUAGCUACGUAAUACCAAUCGAUUAUUGUCCUACUGUUCUUUUCGACGAGACGAGACGCGGGUCUUCACACGUGACGACAGAACGACACGUGAAAGCGCGCGGAGCAAUAUAUAGUGAAGUUUAUAUAUCACUACCGAUCAAUUAGAUCGGUAACUCGUCGUUGUGUGUUAUGAAUCCUUUAGUGUAUAUAGAUAGCCGUUAUCUUUCGCGGAUGCAAUUAUACCAAAUGAUUAACUUGACUAUCGGCGUAGAUAGGUACUUAGAUUAGAUUAGAUUAGAGAUGGGAGUUAGACAACAGAUUUAACUAGGCCAAAGGGAAGCGAUUUGUAUUUCCUAUUCCUUCACGUCCCCUCUGUCCACCCCAUCUUGUUGUUCGUUUGUGCUUUUACGCAGUCUCGUACCCGUCUCUACAUCACAUUUUCUCCUCGAUCUCCUCCUUCCCCUCUUCACAUACACACACACACACACACGCGCGCGCGCGCGCGCACACACACAUACACACAUAUAUGCGUAAAUAUAUGAUAUUUAUUAUUUUAUAACGGAGACGAUUGUACAUGGCUGUAACACGUUUUAGCCAAGUCCGAAACCGAGGUUGGGAAUAACGUCCAACAACAUCGUUCUUGAUCUCGUCCCGGCGCAUGUCUCUGUCGUAGGAUGUUUCGCAGAUUCACUCCCCGUCCAUAAAGAAGAGGUCCAGUCCCUUUGCAAAAACGCGUCGCUUUCUGCGGUCGCGUAGAGAAAAGACCCAGGUCUCUCCCCCUCUGCGGGCGGACCGAAUUUACAAAUAUCCUGCGAUAGACACAUAACGCGCAGACACGUUAAUUAAGGCUUCUUUGCGCAUACGUAUGCUGUAGGCGAACGAAGGAAAGUUGUAUUUAUCGAAGCGAAAACGAGUCCGUUUGAAACCUCUCGUGUGACAUUUUCUCCUCCCCCCGACUGUCGUGAAAAUUAAGAUACCAAGUAAUCAUUGUAGCGCACGUGUACAUGAAUAAGUUAUAUUCUCUAAUUUAAACCAGGAAAUAAUAAACGAUAUGCAAUGAAACCGA